AUGUUGGAUGCGCGGGUGGUGGCGGGGCUGGUGUGCGCGAGCGCCGUUGUGUCGGCGGGCGUGGCGGUUGUGGUGAUGCGGUGGCAGGCUGCGCGCGCCAGCGGUCUUGGCAGUUGCGAGGACAACAGCAGGAAGGGCCCGAAGAAGGCAGGCGAGCAGCCAGACGACGACGAUGAACGGGAGGCACAAGUGCGCACUGGGCUGGAGGGCCUGAUCGGCCACACGCCGCUGGUCGAGUUGCGGUCGCUCUCGCGGAUCACGGGCUGCAGGAUCCUGGCCAAGUGCGAGAUGCUCAACCCUGGCGGGUCGUCCAAGGACCGCGUGGCGCUGGGCAUCAUCUUGGCGGCGGAGCGGGACGGCCUCCUCCGACCGGGCGGGACCAUCUAUGAGGGCACGGCCGGCAGCACGGGCAUCUCGCUGGCGCUGCUGGCGCGCGGGCGCGGGUACCGCUGCGUGAUUGUCAUGCCAGAUGACAUGGCCAUGGAGAAGGAGGUGAUGCUGCGCACGCUUGGUGCGGACGUGCGGCGCGUCAAGGCGGUCUCCAUCGUCAACCGCGACCACUUCUGUAACGUGGCCAAGCGCAUGGCUGAAGAGGACCCCAUGGGCUUCUACGCCAACCAGUUUGAGAACAUCGCCAACGCCCGCGCCCACUUUGCCACGACGGGCGCAGAGCUGUGGCAGCAGACGCGCGGGAGGCUGGACGCGUUUGUCAUGGCGGCGGGGACGGGCGGCACCAUCAGCGGCGUUGCGCAGUACCUGCGGCAGCGGGACCCGAAGAUCCGAGUGGCGCUCGUGGACCCGCCCGGGUCCUCGCUGUAUCUGAAGGUGGUGAGCGGCGUGACGUACACGGUGGAGCAGGCCGAGUCGCGGCUGCAGCGCAACCGCUACGACACCAUCACGGAGGGCAUUGGUAUUGACCGGCUCACCCGCAACUUCGACGCGGGCCUGCCCUUCAUCACGGACGCGUUCAAGGGCACAGACCAGCAGGCGGUUGACAUGGCAUACUUCCUGCUGGACAACGACGGCAUCUUCGUCGGCUCGUCAUCGGCCAUGAACUGUGUCGGGGCAGUGCGCAUGGCGCAGCGGCUGGGGCCCGGCCACACCAUCGUCACGUGCCUGUGCGACCAGGGCCACCGCAGCAUGUCCAAGCUUUACAGCCCGGAGUAUCUUGCGUCGCGAGGGCUGGUCACGCCACAGCGGGGUGCAGCGAUGCCAGCGUUUCUGACGCACGCGGAAGACAACGCCGACACGCGCGGUGGUGAUGCCAGGCAAUAG